GGCAAAGUAGUCGAUGUGCAGACCAAAUAGAGUGAAUUAUAACAUCCGUUAAACAAUUCAUUGAUUUUUUUUUGGGUUUAUUGCCCGUUUAAUAUGUACGUAUUCCAAUUUGUCUAAUCAAGCUUGGUUCAUUGCAGUAUGAAUUGGCAUACAUGUUUAUAAAUAAUAGAAAUGUUACUCCGAGUGUCAUAAAAUGGUGUCAAUUGCAUGUAUUGAAUUCACCAGGAUUUCAUGAAUUCCAGACUUUAAAGUGUCUCAAAAGUGGAUAUCAUUCUGACGGCUAAAACUGCAUAUUUAUACAUAAUCGAAGCUACCGGAGCGGAUGAUGAAUAACAGUUGUUUUUAAGUUAUAGCAAAUAGUGAAUUAUUGAUCCAUUUGAAAUCUGAUUCGCUUCUGCUUGGUUUUUUUAUGGCAUAAGAUAACAACUACAUGGACAGAAUCUGAUAGCGUUCACCUCGCUGUAUAAAUUCGACCGUUGAAAAACGAAAUUUGCAGUAAAUCAGUGAAAAUUACAAGAUAUUCUAUAAGUUUUGCAGUGUUGGGAAUCUUUCACAAUAUAAAUUCAACAUAACAAAUUAAUCCCUGGAACGAAGUGAUGCGAAAAAUAAAUUAUUGCAAAUUAAACGAGAUUCAGAACCACACAUAAGUGUUGUGUAACUUGCAGAGUAGAGAAUUGGAUAUACAUACUUGAAAAGGGGAAAAAAUCAAAAUCGAAAAACAAAUAAAUCAAUGAAUAUAAAAAAAUAAAAAAAAUAAAAAAUAAAAAUCACUUUCAAAAAUGGCCAAAAAAUACAGUAUGUUUCUGACUGUGACGGCGUUCAUGUCAAUCGUAUCUGUGACUAUAAUCUGCAUAUCCAUGGCCACUGAAAACUGGAUUAGUUCAACAGUUUCCCCCGCAUCGGGACUGAUAGCGUACGGAAACUCAGAAGUGAAUUAUGGCCUUUUUGAAGGGACUUUGAUAAGAAGAAUCGUUCAGACGCCCACCAUAUAUGAUCUUUACAUUACCUGCAUUUGGGGUUCGAACGCCUGUGCAUGGAGUUGUAUGUCGACACACGAAGAGAGGAUAACGGAAGUAGAGACGCUUUUAGCCGGUGGUUUGCCGAGUUUCGCUUGCACUCCCAGAGGGUCAUCCUCGUCGUCCAGCGGGGUCACUGUAAAUUCGCGGAAUGGCACAGAUAUCCCAGCUUUGGUGAACGCAGGAGCUUGGGUGAGCAACGUAAUUUUUAUGGUUCUGUUUCUCACAGCAGCCGUAAUUUCCGCCGUACUUUCAGUGAUAAACAGUAUUUGGAACCCACCUGAAACAUAUUUUAACGUUUUGGGUAUUUUUAUUGCCAACAUCGUGGCCGGGUGUUUGAACGUCAUCCCGGUUCUAAUCUCGGCAAUUCAUUAUGCGAUAAUUACACAGGAAGAUGUUGCAAUCAGAGAUACCAUCGUAGGAGAAUUUACGUCCAAAUCAAUUCUCUCAUUUUCAUUUUGGAUUCUCCUGGUACCGGUUGUCUUACACGGCGUUAAUAUUGGAUUAUUAUUAAUUCGCGAAUGGCUCAUAAACAGCGAACCGCCCGAAACGAAAAUUGACAUCGACGAAUUCGCCGACGGAACCAUAGUUCUUUUCUAACAUAAAUUAUUGUCAUGAUCAUCAAAAAGUUGAUCAUUGAAUAACGAUAAUUUGUUGAUGAGAAAUAAAGAGAACGAUUUCCGACAAUGAGAGUCGGAAGAAAGGAUAAAUCGAAGAAUCUAAAGAUUAAACUCGAAGAAGUUCAUGCAUAAUUUCUUGAAUAAUAUUUACCAUCAAAAACAUGUUUUAUUGAUAAAAUUGAUGGUCAGAGCA